AGCCGUCCUUCGCAACAAGGGAACAACACACAAACAUGCCAUACUGAACCAAAAAGCACAAGCAGGUUCUCCUCACAACAUCAACAACAACACGAACAACUACGCCGGGUCUGGAGUUUUGGUCAUAAAAAGCUUAAAAGAAAUGACAGUGAAAUUUAAAGCUAUAUGUUUUUUGAAUGAUGUAUGAUAACAGGAACAUUGUAGGAACGUGGUUUCCAACUGGAUUUCAUGGUCAUUUCAGAAGCAAAUCUAGAAACAAUUUUAAUGUUCCAUACAGAGAAUAUGCUAAGCCUACACCUCCCAGCAAAUUUCUCAACAGAACCAAGAUGAGGUCAGAUCAACAUUUGUUUUCAAGACAUGAUAAUCGAAAUUCUCAUUCGAAUGCAAUGGGGGAUCUAGAAAUACAUUUCAACAUGGGAAUGGGCAAGAAGAAACCUUUAACAAGUCAACAUUCGAAAAACACAUCAACCUUACUAGAUUGGGGUACAGACACAAAUAGAUUUCCCAAUCAAAGAACAUUCUUAAGAAGACCCAGGGCUCAAUCAGCAAUCAUUACAACAACCUACGAACGAGUUGAACCAGUACACACUAGGCGAAAUCCACACCUCCAACGUAGGCGUUAUAUUACAGCACCCUCCUCUACUGUCCUGAGAACUGCUCCUUUGCUUGCUUGGAAUACACCAUCAGAUGAAGCUUCAAGUUUUAAACCGUGUAUCGGUGAUUCAACAAAGCGAAAUAUAACUUGUUCAAUUUAUGAUCCCGUGAAAACUAAAACUUUAAUAACCGAACGUACGUCCCUAUUUUAGCAGUGACUUUUGGACAGGUUUUUGGUUAUCAACUUUAGCUAAAUCGGUAAUUUUAGAGCUUUGAUUUUGGUUAUAAAGCUGACCAUGUCGGCCGAAUUUAGACGACGGAAAUCUUUGUACUACCUAGAAAAAAAUCAUUGUUGAAAGUUUGAUCAUUCUAACGGGAUGCACUCUAACGGUUUAAACCUAGCGAACUUCCUAACAAAGAUAACUUUGCCUCGUUUUGUUCAUCUAAUUUUAAUUGUAUUUUUUUUCGUCCCGAUUUUUUUGCGAACCUACAGUUAGUAAAGCAUAGUACUACAUUUAACAGACCAGUCUUUCCUAUAAAUGUGUAUUAAUCCUUUCUUCGCUACAAACUCCCUCACUGAAAUUUUCAUUGUAUGAUUCUCUCUUGCUGGUAGCACAUACCCAGUUGUCAAGGGUAGCACACAGGUGUAUGAUGCGGUGAUUUUAAGUGAUAGUUGGCUUUAUCUAAUUUGUAGAAAUGUUGUAUUAGUAUGAAAUUGUAGUCGUAAAGUAUUGCAUUUUUUUAUUUAUUUAAGGAGUGAAUUUCUUAUUUUUUUGUAUUAGUAUUUCUUACGAAUAUAUUUUUUUUGUAUCCGUUAAAA